AACCGAACAACUCGAAACAGCUAGAUCUAGAGGUCUAGGUGUCGACAUCAAAAAUAUAAAAACGUGUUGUUUGCAGGAAAUCCGGAUCUGUCUAGGCUAUUAUCUAACCCCCUUUUUUAAGCAAACACCUGACUCAGCGAUUUUAUCACGUGCAGGAGAGAUUGCUAUGACGAUAGCUUUCACUCGUUAGCCUACAAAACCACCAACAAUAACAGAAGCGGAUUGAAUAGAAACUGAAACUGCACACACACACACACACACACACUGCACACACAGGAGAGUGGAGAGGUUCGUUCACCCAUGGGUACACCAGAGUAGAGUCAGAGAGGCCUCACUGAUAACACGGAAUGUUGUGGUAGGAAGUAGAAACAGAGAGGGUUCACAGUACAGUAACAAUCUAGAUUUCUAGUUCUUCAUCUCUCGAUCCAGUUCGCGGGAGUGUUCUAGAUAUAUCUAGAUCUAGAUCUAGUAAUAGUUUUACUUUUUGCUGUGGUAUUGUGCCGGUGAGACAGGGAACGUGAAAGUUCAGAUCCUGCUGUGCUGAGGUGUGGUGGCCUUGUGUGCGUGUGUGCUGCUGCUGUGUAAAAAGCUUCUGUGUUGAGUUGACCCAGAAAAGCCUCUUGCCUGCCACUGCCACACUUGCCUGCCAAUCCUGCCUGCCACACACACAUUUGCGGUGUCAAAGAGUAGCCACAGAAAGGCCAUCGACCGAUCCGAAGACGAAGCAAGUCAUGGGAGAUGAGCAAAGGGGAGGCAACACUACUCCUUUUGACGAGUCCACCUGGGCUGACCCUAACGCCCCGAACACUUCCUUCUACGGCAAAAGCAAGAUACACGCAGAGAGGGCGGCUUGGGACUUUGUGAAAGACUUACAAGGUAACCGACACAUUCUGAGCAGUGGCUCCAUGUGGUACAAUGAAAUAGCUGAGGUCUUAGACAAGGAGUUCCGCAGUCAAGGUUACAACGUGCCAACCACAGUUCUACCAGGCUUUCUCGUGUCUGUUGUUGGAUUCUUCGAUAAAGCUGUCAAGAUAGCGAAAGAUUUUGCCAGUAAAGAGACGUUAUUGGAUACUGGAAGGAUGAGAAAUGUGCUGGGCAUCAAGCCAAUUCCCAUUGAGCAGACACUGAUUGACAUGGGCUACAGUUUGAUCGAGAACGGCUUUGUGCCGAAGACGGACAAAUACAGGGGCCCCCAGCAGAGUAACCCGCCAUCGAUUUGA